AUGCAAGUGGUGUCAAAUGCUCGCCGAGUCUCUCGGCUCUUGCAAUCUGCGAUUUUCCUUUUGUCUCAUCUUCGAAGCACCGAAGAACCGAUUCUCUCAGGGCUCAUACAAUGCAAUUACCAGCAAGUGAAGUCUAAACCUUUGGGUUUCUUCGCGUCAAAGGCUUUUUACAGUUCUGGAGCUGAUAAUGUAGAAGGGACUCUAACAGAAGCUGUGAAGGAUCUUUAUGAUAAAAUGCUUCAGUCUGUAAAUGUUAAAAGAUCCAUGCCUCCAAAUGCUUGGUUGUGGUCAAUGGUUGCUAAUUGCAAACACCAUCAUGAUAUUAGUCUUCUCUUUGACAUUUUGCAGAACCGCCGCAGAUUUAGGUUGUCAAACCUUCACAUACAUGACAAUUUUAACUGCAAUCUCUGCUGUGAAGUCACUAAAGCUUGUGUUCAUGCCGGAGCUCUUGAUUUUGGUAUGCUUUAUUUGCACGUCCACUUUGUCUGA